AUGUUCGAUAACUUCGAUUAUGCGACCACUCUUCGUGGUUUAAUCCUUCCUCUUGCAUAUGUAGUUGUCCUUGUUGGAUCUUUGGGGACCUUUUCUUCAUUAUAUAGAAAGCGGAUAGCAGCCAAAUCUGCGACUCUUGCGCCUUGGUUCCCCCCACAUCUACAAAGAAACAUUUACUUUUCACUAGUUCAUCUCGAGCCAGAAGAAGGGGACGAGAAAGCGCCAAAAGUACCGGGAGAGCUCAUACGAGCGGCUUUAUUGAGAAGGGCCGUCGAAGAUAUCCACCGAAUUAUCCAACUCAGAACAGCAAAGCAAGCAUGUAGCACCUUGUUACAGAGAGGGAGCGUAGGCGAUGAUUUAUGGCAAAGAUUUUUGAGAGCGGAGAAAGAAAUGGAGGAGGAGCUUAGAGAUGUGGUCAUGGAGGCAAAUGGAUUGGCACCAAAUUGGGGACAAACAAUUUUUCAGUCUGCAAAUGAAAUAGCCACAAAUACUCUGUUCAGAAAAAACGUUGAUGAUAUUCAGGCUAGGACCCAAUCUGAGAAGGAGUGGUGGGAGAAACGUCGAGCCUCAAUUCAGUCAGAAUUCAUGAAAGAGUUAGAUGAAGAAGCCAAGGCAUCCAAAGUUACCUCACCAACCAAGUCCACCAGCAUCAUGAGCGAUGAGGAUGCUAUUCUAGUUCAAGGAGGUGGGCCUGCAGCUAGUGAACAAGGAAGCCCCAGCAGGAAGAAGAAAGGCAAGAAAUGA